GCACAGCCCCCCACCCCCACCCCCAAAGCCAGCGACGAGCAGCAAAAGGGCGGGCGGCGGCGAGCCGCCCCUUACCUUGCCCUGCCCUGCGGACACGGGGGCAGCUGAGGGAGGGCCCCGGCCCCGGGAGUCGCCUUCUCUCAGGCAGCUAUCACAAGAGCACAACAAUCAUUCAGAAUCCAAAGUGGAAGAAUCUAGCAUACCGUCAGCUGCUGGAUCAUCUGAGGACCAGACACCUGUAGUUGAAUCCCCACCAUCACUGGAUGACUUACCUGGGUUUAAAACACCAGCUAUCUGUAGUGGAAUUGCCAGUGUCUGCAGAUGAGCUGAUUAUUGAGAAACUACCAGGUUCUGAGGAUCAGUUACUGCUCAUUGAAUAGUCCACAUCCAGGGAAAGCUCACCUGAGAUCGGAUCAUCUGUGGGUGAACUGCCAAGUUUUGAAGUCAAGAUGUACAUGUCUCACUCCACACAGGAUGGUAACACAUCUGAGGCUGCUGCAUCAUCGGCAGCAGAGACUGCGUAUGAAACACCAGAGCCAACGAUAUUUGAAAAUGCCUAUCAAAUGUCCAUCGAUUACGUGGAGAAACAUAACAUUAUGCAGAUAUUUCAGGAGAUCACAGAAAAAUUGGUGUACUCUAAACCUGAUGACCCCUUGCAGUUCAUACUGAUGGAGGUGCAGUCAAUGAUAGAAGCCAGGCAGGCAGAAAUGGAGAGAAUAUCAGAGGAGAACAAAGAUGUGCAAGUGCUCUAAUUUCCUGAUGGAUGGCAGUGUAUUCCCAAAUGACUGUCUCUAUGACUAUGAAGAGAACGCCAUAGAAACUUCAUCUAUCUAUUUUUAGCUAAAAGUCUGAUGAUUAGAUUGUGUGAUUCUCUGCAGCACAGCUUGGGCCCAAAAAGUCUGGGAAUAACAGAGGCAAGUAUUUAACAUA